CGCACGUUCAGCACGUUCAGGCAGGGUCCCCUGUGGCAAGGCUGUCCCCUCCCUGCCCUUCCUUUUCUGACAGUCGGGGCGGCUGGUCCCGACGGUCCCGAGCCCAGGAGCGCAGGGCCCGCGGCCUGGAGCGAGCUGAGCGGUGUUGACCGCGGUCUCCAGGCAGCGGCGGGCGGGGCGGCAGCCGCGCCAGGGCGGCGCGGAAAAUCCGGGGCCCGGGCGCGGCGGAGCAGCGCGGGGCAGGAUGAAUAAUAAUAAACUAAUUCCAAAGCUUUCCAGUCAAUCUCCUGUCCAUCAUACCAACGUAAGGGCCCAGUCUUCACACCAACCUUUUAAGAAAGAAGACUUAAGUCUGAUUUCAAGAGACUCCUUAGAAUUGGAUUCAGAAAGCCUCACUCAAGAGACUAAGUCCCAGUCUGAACUUGAGGGUCAAAUACAGGACAAAGAUAUGGAGCGUGACAGCUUAGAGGAGGACAGUCUUGAACAGGAAAGCCUGAGUGAGACGGAAGAAGCCAGCAGAAAAGCAGCCCAGGUGGCCAGCAAAGAAAGCCUGCAAGCUCAUGGCAGUGGUAUGAGUCACAGCCAACAACAGAUAGAAGACAAAUACUCAGACCUCCGAUACGACCCGAACUGGAAGAAUAAAGAAGAGGGGCAGCCAUUGACCGCUGAAACAUCGCCGCGAUCUGCAGAUAGCUCUUCAGAAACCCUGCCUUUCGGUCCACUCUACCCUUCCAAGGAGCCGUCUGUGGAACUCUCAGCCGGGAAAGGCAAAGGGAAAAGUCCUCAGAGCGAAGCCUCCUUGCUUGGAAGUGAAUUUCUAAGCCCAAACUAUGAGCAUGGCUCCCGUCACGCUGAGCCCUUUUCAGAGCUAAGUGACAGUGACCAUGAGAAGUCCAGCAACCUCUCUCAGUACCUGAAGAGUUCAAGUUCACACAAUGAAGUUUUCCUGCCAGGAUCACGUGGCCCUCGGAGAAGGAGGUCCAAACAAUAUUUUGUGGAAAAGAACAAGCUGACUUUGGGAUUACCUACUCCUAAAACAGACUCUUACCUUAAACUUCACAAUAAGAAAAGGGGAGAAACUCGCCUAGAACAGAUCGCCUACCCCACCAAAGUAACUGGCAAGAUGACUGCCCAGAAUGACAGAGAGGUGGAAAAUGUGGCCAUGGAUCCUGAGGACAAGUGGCAUCAGAGGGCACAACAGCUCAAGAAUUACCAGCAACACUGGUCUCAAUAUGAAGAUUCAAAGUCAAACAAUGUCCCAAGAGGUCAGUCUUCUGAUGCAACCAACGGCCAGCAACUUUCUAGAAGACCAGCCAAGUCCAGGGUUCGGAAACAGCGUAAACAGCAGGAUGGACUGAAGUCCCUUAUAACCAAAGAGCUCCUUGUCAGUCAAAGAAAUCAGCAUAAUGCUCUUCAACAGCAACAAAACCAAGCCCAGCCUAUGGAUGCCUCAGAAAAGCAUAGGCCAGUUGCACAUACAAACACUUCUAACAGCAAUUUGCAAGUCUCCAGUACACUUACCCACAAUCCGAAAGUAGCAUCCAAUAUAUUUGCCCAACCCACACAGAUUUUUGACAAAGUAUUAUAUAAAAACUCUAUUGGACAUGACUCGGGGCUAAAUGUUCAUAAAAGAAGAGGACACAGACAAAAAGAAGAGAAAAGAUUUUCGUAUCCGCAGCAACUGGUCUAUACUCUUUCCGAUAUGGAUUUGAACAGUCUUAAUGAACUUUCUAACAGACAAGCAUCUCUCAGUCAGAAAGACCCUCAGCAUGAUUACGAUGUGAACACACACAGAGCAGCUAAAAACAAGAAGCAACUUAAACAGCCGCACGCAGAGAUGAAAUAUAAAAACUUAGAAAUUCUAUGGAAAUUCCAUUCUUCCUCAGACAGUGAGCCUGUUACUGCUUCUCCAGAUUCCCGGCUCGCCCAAAUAAUGGAACAGCACCAGCAAGCCCUGGUGCAGCUGGCAGAGGUGCAGCCCAGCGAGGGGUCCGCUUCCAGCAUCACACUCCCGCCUAUCCUGUCCAGGGUGGAAAGUGAAUCUCAACUCAGUUCAGAGAGAGGCCACCAACACCGAAUCAAAAUGAGCCGUAGCAAUUCUGAAAGCUAUCUGCUUCAGCUGGAAAGAGGGAGAAAGCACAGGAAAAGUAGUGGCACAAAGAGUUCCAAGCUGAAAGGUUAUCAGAAAAGAGACGUGAAGCUUGGAGGCCUGGGACCCGACUUGGAGUCCGUCAGAGACAAAAUGCAAAAAUUAAUACAGCAAAAGGAAUACGCAAGGCAAGUUAAAGAAUACAACAUGAAGACACUGUCCGUUCUGCCCAAACCGCAAACAGCAAAAACUGAAAGUACAUCAGCUCUCCCUCGGCAGAAGGCUUUGGAAUACGCUAAGACCAUCCCCAAACCCAAACCACCAAAUCCAACUGAUCAAGCAGCAAAGAAAAGCAAAAACCCAACAUAUGGUGAAAAAGAAAGAAGUUUGCCUGAAAUUUCACUGCUGGAAAUACUGCAGAGCAGACACGAAAGGGAAAAGCAGGCCGUGGCUGCUUUCAAAGUCCUCCACAUUGUCUAGACAACAUUUGGUAGGAGACCAAAAAUGCUCUGAGGACAGACAUGCAGAAAAGAAACUCGACCAUCUUGUCUGCACCAAGUGCUGACGUAGCAGUGUCAUCUAGCUGAGGUCCAUGUCUACUGCGUGCAGGAUUAAAUAUGGAACCCUAUCAAAUGGUGGUGUUGUGUUCAACCUUCUAGGAAAAAAAUUAUUUAUUUUUAAAUCGAUUAGAAUUUGGGCCGAUAGAUAAUUGGACAAUAAAGUCUUUGGUUUUA